AGGGUGGUGCCUAUCAGCGCUGUUUAGAGAAAGAAGUUUGUUUCUGAAGGUCACAGAAACAUUCGUUCUUGAAUUGCAUUAUAUCUGUUUUUCAAUUUUUGUGUUAUUAUUUCACUUCACUCUUCAGUUUUUUGCACACUGGAUGUCCUGAUCAAACCCUGUGGAGAUCUUCAGUCAGGAUGGAAGUGAUGCAUUUAUUUCUCAUUGGUAUUUCUGUCUGGUCUACACUUGCAGGUGCUUUUGAUAUCAACAUACUUGAGAAACCUCAACUUUUUGGUCCUUCCCGCGCAUUGGAAGGUUCAAUUGUGGAAUAUUUCUGUGAAGUGCCCAUGAUACCCCCAGAUGUGUCCGUCCUCCUCACACUUUAUAUGGAGAGAAACAUGAAUAAGUUAAUCGGUGAGCACACUGUGAACUAUGGAGAAAAUGUCACAUUUCCUGUGCGUGUCACCAAGGCCUAUGAUGGUCAAUUCAUCUGUGAAGCCAGCGGAAACAACAACACACUGAUAGGAAAAACAUUCAGUAACAGCCUGGAACUCAAAGUCAUUUCUCCAGUGGAUGGAGCAUCAAUCACGUCACAUCCGUCCACUGAUGAUCUGUGGGAAGGACAGAGUUUGACCCUUUAUUGUAACAUCACAAAAGGGACACACGUCUCUUAUGAUUGGCUGGUGAAUGGAAAAUCAGUUCACACAGGAUCCAGUCUGACCAUUCAGUCUCUCUCUGUCCAACACACGGGCGAUUAUCAGUGUGUCGCAUCAAACCAAGUGAAUGACACAAUGGUGUUUAACUCCAGCAGUGAUGUAACAUCUGUGUGGGUCAAAGAAUACAUCUCAAAGCCUGAAAUCUCAAUGGAUGUGAUGAAGAUUGGGGUCGGCAUCUUCAUCAUCCUCAAAUGUCGGUCUGAUAAAGGAACUCAACCCAAAACAUUCAGUCUGUUUAAUGAUACAAAAGUUAUCAACACAAAAACCACAGAAGGACUUCAGGUUGAUUUUAAUGUAUCCAUUGAGCUGAAUCGAGACAUGGGCUGGGUGCGAUGUAACGCCAGUAACGACGGCAACUGGAUGCUGAGUGAACCAAUCAGUCUGACUGUAGAAUCUGUAGGGGGCGCUGUGAUGGUGACGCCCUUCAAACACAUAGGACGGGACUUUGAGGUGUUUGGUCUGGUGCUGCGCUGUAAGGUGGAGCGAGGAACAUUUCCACAUUACGAUUGGUAUCUGAAUAACAGCAGACUGAUGGGCCAAGGACGUUUCUAUGUUGUCGUUCGGGGUGAUCUCGUUCUAAAUGUGGGAGCAAAAACUUCUGGUAUCUAUCACUGUGAAGCUUCAGACAGAUUUGACAACAGCACCAGAAUCACCAGUCCAAAGAUGCUGAUCAGUAAAGAGGUAUUAAACCGAGUCUCUACUUCAGUGGUGGUGGUGGUUUUCAGCGGUUUCAUCCUAAUUAUUAUUGCAGUAACUGCAUGCUGUAUUUAUGGAGUGGUCUUACGGAGAAGAUAUCCAAUAACAUAUCAGCUGCAUAAACGAUAUGGAGAAACAAAAGUCACAUCUAAACAGAAAGAUGAAGAUGAGGAGGAUAAUGAUGAAGAUGAGGAAGAUGAUUAUCUAAUGAUGAUGGAUUAUGAAGAAGAUCUCAUCCGCACUGACAGAUUGUAUGACUCUGAGGAGGACGAGCAGUCUAUAGAUGAAUCCGUUCUGUAUGAAGAAGCUGUUUCAAAAUCAUUCAGAUCAAUUUAAAUUGAAUUUUUUUAUCACUUUUCACAAUGUUGCAUUAAUGCAAAGCUGCUUCAGAUGAGCAAAGAAAACACAGAAAACAAAUUAUGAGCUACAAAAUACACACAGAAUAGAAGACAAAUACGAAUAUUGUAAGCUAUGAUUGAUUGUAAUCUACUAAAGUCAUUUAGUCAAUUAUGAUAGAUGACAUGUAUUAUAUUAAACCAGACAUGACUUUUAUCUUGCAUGGAAAUUGUCUGAGCUAACAGCCAUCAGUAAUUUUCAUUAAUAUGAAGUCUUUAAGUUUUUUCAUUCAGUAUUCAUGUCAUGCUCAAACAAAGAUUUGAUUCAAACUGAGACAAUAGACAAACACUCUGUGACCGGUCAACAAUGAGUCUACUGUCAGAUUCAAAUCAAUGAGCCAGAUUCAAAUUUAGCAUGGGUGUGUGUUUGUCUCUUGUGUUUGCUUGUGUGUAGAUGAUAUUCAUGUGGUUUUAGGAAGGAAAAAUUAUAAACAAACAACGUUUUAACAACUUUAAUUUUAAUUCUUAAAUAAAAUGAACAAAUAUAUCAAUUCUGUGAAUUUGUUUGAGUAGAAUCAUUUUGAGUGUAUUUGAUAAUCUGUUUAAAUUAUUUCUGUAUAUUUAUUCAUUUGUGUAUAUUUAAUCUUCAUCACUUCGCAUUACAAAUCUGCAAUUUUCAAUAUUUGUAGUGGAUUUUAAUUUGUCAGCGUAGGGAUGUCCGAUUCAUUUAGGGAGUGGUUUUGGACGGUUCAUUCAAAUGAACCAAUUCAAAUUCAUCGCUUGAUUUCAAACUACAACCUGCACGCCUACGUUUUAUUAUUUUUGUAAAUUAAUAUUUUAGUUACCUUUACAGUGCACUACUUAUUAAAUGACUUAUGUUUUGGAUUAAGUUACACAGAUUUUCACCUAAAAUUUAGACUCAAUCGAAAUACAAAUCGGUUUAACCGAACAAAUAUAAGGAAUCGGUUCAAAUGAAUCAUUAUUCAGGGAAUCGGACAUCGCUCCCCCCUCUCUCGGUAAACAGUCUCAGUGUUGUGUGUGGGUGUCGUGUUUUCAGCUGUCGUGCGUUUGUGUGUUUUUGUGUAACACGCACAUGCACACACAGAUGGAGUCGAACACUGUUUACGGAGCUUCUCUGGCCGGAUCGGGAUUUGAUCUCGUUAAAUUCAUCAAACAACCUCAAACUAUCACGCGAUUCUUCAGCUGGGUGUUCGCCAUCGUGGUAUUUGCCUCAAUAACAGCUGAAGGUUACGUGAACUCCGCCAAUGAGCAGAUCGCAAAGUGUGUCUUCAACAAGAGCGAUGGUGUCUGUCAUUACGGAGUGGGCAUCGGGGUCAUCGCCUUCAUGGCGAGUGCAGCUUUCUUAUUGGCCGACGCUGCACUGCCUAUGAUGAGCAACGCCCAGGAGAGAAAAUACGUUGU